GUCAGCCUUCAUUUCUUCCUAAACUCCUAAACCUUUUCAGUCAUGGUCAACAACAAGGCUGUGAGGAAACUGAAUGAGUGUAAAGAGAGCGAGAGAGAGAGGAUUGUUUCUGCUCAGCUAAUUUUUGUAGCUAUGGAUUGUCAGGGUGUGGAGCCCAGGGCAGGUACUGGUGAUGCUGCUCUGAGUACUUUGGAUGAUGCUCUGGAUACUUUGGAGAGGGAUACCACAGUCUUAAUACCUCCACUGAACACUUGUAUGGCUAAUGGUGUUGCUGUGGCAGAAGUCUCAGUGAUGUCAGGGUGCCUUAUGGAUGGAAAUCCAGGAAGUAAACUGCAACAGCCACCUUUACAGAAAGUGAUGGACUCCUAUCAUAUUUCAGCCUCUACUACUACCACUGUCCCCCUCCAGGCCUCUGUUCCUCCAUUCACAGUCUCUACAUCAUCCCAGACCAAUGUUCCUCCACCCACCACAUCCAUACCAUCAUUCUGGGUUUCGGUUGCCACCUCCAAAUCUUUGCCCUCUGUCGUGGUACUGAGCAGCCCUGCUGUCCCAGUGACUAGUCUUGUCCAGAGCACCAGUGAACCUCUCUCUGAGUCCCCAUCAAAUUCAGAUUUCUUUUCUGCCUUGUACCCUGCCCACCCUCCAGCCUACACCUCUGUCCCUGCCCAUGGACAUACCACUGAGCUGUCUUCCCUCUCUGAUUCCAAUCUUUCUCAGUCCUUCACUCAAGCUUCUAACCAAGCAGUAGAUCACUCUUACGUGAAGGCUUCCAACCAAAACCUUACUCAACAAGUUGAACAAGACUGUGCACACUCCAUUUCAGAGGCUCCUUUCCAAGGGUUUACCCAGCCUGGGGUUGGUAAGCUCUGUGAUCAGCAUGUGGUCCAGGCCCUUAUGAUUCCCUGUCAGGAGUCUUGUGUUAAUACCACUCACAGGGAGUUGCUGGGAGAUGGCAGGGUAAGUCAGGAGGCAGGAGUGAGAGAGGAAGAUGUGAUAGAGAGCCAUGGUACCAUUUGGGGCUGCUACAACUUCACCAAGAAGCAAAUGACAAUCCUCUCCUCCAUGCUCCUUGUAGUCUUCUUCUCUUAUGCCUCUCUCUCCAUCAUGGCCCCAUUCUUCCCACAUCAGGUUCAAAAGAUGGGCAUGAGCAGUACUCUGGAUGGCAUCAUAUUCAGUAUGUACUCCCUGGCAUUGGUCAUCACCUCCCCCAUCAUUGGAAAAUUUUUACCACUAAUGAAUUUGCGGACUGCAUACAUCGGGGGAAUCUUCCUUAAUGGCUUUUCUGAUAUCUGCUUUGGGUUGGUUUCUUAUGCACGGACACCUGAAGUGUUCGUAUUGGCAAGCAUCAUCCUGCGGCUGAUGACUGCCAUUGGCUCGUCUUUCUUCCUCACUGUCAUCUAUGCUGUUGUUCCCCUUCUCUUUCCCAAUGACAUGAAUGCUGUGAAUGGAAUGCUGGAAACAGUGUCUGGUUUGGGCAUGUGUAUUGGUCCUGCUGCUGGUGCCUGGUUGUAUUUGGAAGGAGGAUUCAGCCUGCCUUUCUUCUGCCUGGGAACCUUCAUUCUCCUCACUGUUCCUGCCAGCUACUUUGCCUUCCCUAGUAAUGAGAUAGAGGUGGAGCGUGGGGCAGCUAGGUCAGCUUUGCGAGUGUUGGUGCAACCUGGAGCACUUGUCUCUCUCCUUAUACUGUUCACUACAGCUGUGUGUCUAGCAGUCCUCUAUCCCACCCUCCAGCCCCACAUGAGCAAGCUGGGUGUGUCUGUAGAGGGCGUGGGACUGGUGUACCUGCUGCUCUCCGCAUCCUAUGCUGUCUCCUCUCCUCUAGCAGGCCUUGCCACAGAUCGUUUUGUUUGCCCCUUUGGUAUCAUGCUGGUGGGCCUUCUGCUCACUGCUGUUGCCUACAUACUUAUUGGCAACUCCCCACUCCUGCCUCAUCUAUCCCACGAUGAGCUGUACAAUGAAGAUGUGGCUGGUAUUGUUUUACUAGGACUUUCAGCUGCCAUGUGCAUCGUGCCUACAUACGGUGCUAUACUGAGCAUUGCUGUUAGUGCAGGAGACGAUGACAUUAAUACAUACAGCAUGGUGGGAGGAGUCUGGUCGGCAACAUACUCUCUCGGGGAGAUGCUGGGCCCCCUCUAUGGUGGGAUGAUGAUGGCUUAUGUCACUUUUGCUACAGCCACCACCCUCACUGCCCUUCUGCCCAUUGCUGUGGCAGUUGUGUUAGGGACCUACAAGUGUACCACUUGUUUCCCCAUCACCUCAGAAUGAGCAUCACUUGCUUGCCUAAAGGGACUUUGCCUGCAUGUAGCAAUCAGUUACUACUACAUCCACUUCCUUUUGCAUAAUCUGCUACUUUAGCUGCACUUUUGUGUUUUUUAUUCCAGUUGUCAGAAAACUGGAUCAUGUUAAAAGUUUUCUUUGCAGAUACUAUUGUCUGCCUGUUUUACUUGUCUUAAAGCUCUGUCCAUCUCAGAAGCAUAAUUGACACAACAAAUGGCACAUAAAAAGGUGCGUCUUCAUAAAGCACCAUCUCUACUUGUGUGUGUUCCUAAUCAAGGCAAUAUUACCUAACCCAGAGUAGUGCCUCAAAUAUGUAAGUCAUGGGAUAACAUCCAACUAAUUACUUUUGUAAAUAUAGUAUAACAAAUGAAAAAGCAAAGAAAUUGACCAGUGAUAAUAAAUAUGCUAUGACAAAUAUAAUUGCACUUAGUCUUGUUUAUAAAAACUUCACAGUAUCAAAACAAUGACUUGAACUGUGAAGGCAGUAAUAAUGGGCAGAGGGGGCAAGUAGUAGGUUGAGAGACUUAUGCUAGAGCCUGGAUGCUGGCUACCACUGAUUGGUGAUGGUCAUGGCAGUGGUGAGGCUAGGCACAUUACCUAGCCGGAAGUGAAUUUGCAAGGAGGAGUUUUCCAUAAGCAUAAAUGUUUCCUCAAACCUGCAUGGGUCAUUGAUCACUGAUGGCAGAGUACACAAAUACCAGGUCACAACACUUUCAGUUACUCUGGCAACAUCGUACCAUUCAGCACAUACCCUCUCAUUUGAAGUUUGGAUGAUUGCUUCCUAAAUGCCACUUCUACUAUAGACAAGAAAUGAACUCAAAAGAGAUGGUACGUGUGUGCACACACAAGGCUUCAACAAAGCAAACACGCACAUUUUGUGAACAGUGUAAAACACUGUGUAUAAGAGCAGUGUUUCCAGGACUUCCACAGACUGCAACAGUUCUAGAACAUGACCAGUGCCUGUAAUAUACAUUAUGUAUAUAAAUGUUAUAAGAGUAACAAUGUGAAACAUUUGGACCUGUGUUUACAUAGUGUAUACACGUUUUUGUCAACAGUGUACCAAUGACUUAUUAGCGUAGGUAUUAUGUUGUACUUAGUGGGUAGCCCUAUGUACAUUGUGCAUAAUAAGAGUCUCACAGGAUACAAAAGUUGCUGGGAAAUGUAAAAAAUAAAAAAUUAGAAAACCCCCAGAAAAAUUUUAAUGCCUAGUGCAAGGCAUUCGCCACUGUAGCCUUCAUAUUUCAGUGUAUUGAUGGAAAAAAUUUAAUUACCAAAAAUUUUUUUUGUAAAUGCUGACAUUGUAAGCACUUAAUUUUGGGGCAUCUGACAAUGAAGGGGUUAAGAGAGUACGUUUGAGAAGACCAACAGGCUUGUCAUCUAAUUUAAAAUAUUUUGUAGAUUAAUAGCUUGAGUAGCAUCACUAACCCAGACUAUACAUACCCCAUUAUGCUAGGUAUGGAAAGUGAUACUAACCCCUGCUGCUGCAAUUGUUUGGUUGACUAUAAUUGCACAACACCUGGAGCUAUAGUCCAUAAUCACUUCCACUCCCAUUCUCAUGCCACCGCUGUGUACACAGAUGGCUCUAAGUCUUCAGACAGGCGUCGGAUUCGCAGCAGUGUUUCCGGACAGCGUCGUGCGGGGGCAUUUACUAUCUUCGGCUAGCAUUUUUACUGCUGAACUGUAUGCCAUUCUUGCAGCACUUAUUCGUAUCGCAUCUAUGCCUGUGUCAUCAUUUGUGGUAGUCUCAGAUUCCCUUAGUGCUUUACAGGCUAUACAAAAAUUUGAUACAUCUCACCCCCUAGUUCUCCGUAUCCAACUUUGGCUACGCCGUAUCUCUACGAAGCAUAAAGAUAUUAUUUUUUGUUGGGUCCCUGGUCAUGUUGACGUACAGGGCAAUGAACAGGCAGACACUGCUGCGCGGUCAGCAGUACAUGACCUACCAAUUUCCUAUAGAGGUGUUCCAUUUCUGGACUAUUUUGCUACAAUAGCUGCCCACCUUCGCGCCUGUUGGCAACACCGUUGGUCAACUCUGCUUGGUAACAAACUUCAUUCUAUUAAACCGAGCAUAGGUUACUGGCCGUCUUCUUGUCAUCAGUGCCGUGGUUGGGAGACCACUCUCUCCCGUCUUCGCAUUGGCCACACUCGUCUUACUCACGGGUAUCUCAUGGAGAGGCACCCUGUACCUCUCUGUGAGCAGUGUCAAGUUCCAGUAUCGAUUAGCCACAUUCUGUUAGACUGCCCUCUCUAUCAACGAGCACGCAGAAUUUACCUCCAACGCGUUUCGUUCUACUACUCUCUCUUUACCUUCCCUUCUUGCUGAUGGACCCUCCUUUAAUCCUGACUCUCUCAUUGACUUCUUGACAACGACUGAUUUACUCCACAAACUCUGAUGGUGAUACCUUACGCACUCCCCUCAGCCCUUUCUAGCUCAGUCUCUUGCUGCCCUUUACCUUUUCACCAUCCACUGCUCCGCUGUUAUCCAUAACCUAUUACUCAUCCACCUCCCUUUUGCCACCUGAUGCCCUCGCUUCCUUCCUGCCCUGCAGCGCUGUAUAGCCCUUGUGGCUUAGCGCUUCUUUUUGAUUAUAAUAAUAAUAAUAUACAGAUUUAGCACUUCUGAAGACAGUGUAUUCAUAACAGGGUAGUGACAUCAGAACUUUUAUUUUACUCAGUUCUGAGUAUGGUGAAGGAAAAAACCCACACAAGUUUUUACAUUAUGUAUUAUUUACAAUAAAAUAACAAAAUAUCUCUGUACAGACGUCCUCCCUACAGAGUGGAAUUUCGUUCAGUGCCAGAUGAAUGACAGGUGACUAUUAAUGCACAUACCAUGACAUAAAAAUUGAAUACAUACAUAAAUAAAUGCACUGUUUUCUCCAGUAAGUCAGGACUGGACUAAUGUGGUUUCA